GAGCAGAGAGAGAGAGAGAGAGAGAGAAGGGCCCAAGGCCGUGACACGGAACUGCCUACUCAGCCGUCCUGCUCACCCUACCUCAGUAACUCUCUGUAACUGUACAGUACAGUGUCCCAAUGGGUGCUUAAAACACCUCUCGUUUGAGGACCGGGGUCUCCACAACUCUACUUUUGAUACAACAUACUAUAGUUGAUGAUAGUACCUGUAUCAAGGUGAGAGGAUCUUAAAAGAGGAAGCUUCAGGGUAUUUUUUAUUGCUCACCAUCAUAGUACAUCUGCUAUUGGACUGCAGAGAUUCCAUCUGUGUUGUAAACGUACAGCUAUAAACAUUCUCUAGUCAGCUGUAAUAAGGAAGGACAGAGGACUUUGGUCCGAGACGCUGGUUUGAAGCAGUACGUAACGUGUGUCUUGUGAUGAGCUCGACGCUCCUCUGACUGCGACGAGGAGAGACGACCAGCAGACUUCACUAAAGGUGUUGAGGUUUGAUGUCCUGUGUUUUGAGAGGUGCUGUGACAUCAUUAAGGGGUGCUGUGACAUCAAUAUCGACCAUGGAGGGGAGGAGUGUUCUGAGGCGUGCCCAAUCUCUACGGAGCGUCUCUAUGCGUGACGGAGACAAGCCCACCUGGGCGGAGGCGGGGUUUAGGGACAAUAUGAAGUCCAUCUCCGUAUCUCAGAUGUUGACCAGAUACCAAGCCAGCCCUUCAGUAGAGGUCCCUACCCUGAACCAUGUGGAGCACAAGACUGAGCAGAUAACCAAGAAUCAGACCUCCUACUCAAACGUCCGUGAGAAAACAAAGAGACAACUGUCAGAGAGCGCACAGGAACGCAAGCUGGAGUCCUUGAUGAGAAACAACGGAGUGAGAGAGACGACCAGGAUCCAGCCCAGUGUGAGAGAGAAGACCCGUGGGUCAACUAGCCUGUUAGGAGAGACGUCCCGGGGGUCGGCCAAUCUCUCCCGCAGUAAGUCCAUGUCCAGUCUCCCUGGCCCCUCUCCCAGAGUCGACCCGGCCGGGAGUAUCGGAGCCCUGAAGGCUCUCUUCGAGUCAAAGGUCACCAAGGAGAAGGUGAAGAGCAUCAUGGGAGCUGUAGGCCAAGCACCAUCACGUCCCAAGAUGGCAGCUGCGGCCCCAGCCAUCAAUGGGUUUGUGGAGGAGAGAAAGGGCCCUAUAGAGGAGAAAGCUGUACCUUCACCUGCAUCCCCGGCUAGAGAGGAGGUCACUACACAGGUUGGGAGAAAGACGCGCUCAGAGAGGAGAAAGACCAUCAGUGGUAUCAACCUGGAAAAGAUAUCUACAGCAUCUCAGGAUGUUGACAAGAGGAAGUCGAUCUCAGACCUCAGUGACGCCGGUUCCUCCUCCUUCAGCCCAGAGAGGGAGAAACCGUCCGCUUCUGUCUCUGUCAGAGCCAUGUCUGCUCUCUAUCUGUCCAAGGUAGCAGCUGCAGAGUCAACGGCUCAAGAUCCAUCCUCUCCAACCAAGAGAGGAGUGAAACCAUCCAAGUUCCUGCCAUGUAAACAGGACGUGUGUUCAUCCUGUCUGAAGCCAGUCUAUCCUAUGGAGAAAAUGACCGCUGAUAAAUUCAUAUUUCACAAGAACUGUUUCUGCUGUAAACACUGUCAGAAGAAGCUCAGCAUGCAUAGCUAUGCUCCGCUGUACGGGGAGUUCUACUGUGUGUUCCACUACCAGCAGCUGUUCAGGAGGAAAGGGAACUAUGACGAGGGCUUUGGCCACACCCAACACAAAGACCGCUGGCUGCAGAGAACCAAUGAGACGCCGGGGUCUAAUAGCGCUGAUGUCAUAUAGAGCUCCCUGAUUGCUGACGCGGUGACCAUGACAACACUGAAUCACAGCAUCGUUGGAGUCACCUGGGUUAUGUACUCCAUGUACACACUGUAUACACUGAGUCGCUUGACAGUAAUCAGCACCAGAGUCCACUUUAUGGACACAAUUACAGAUCAAUUAUAUGAUGUUUUAUUUCUGAGACAAGAUCUCUCCUGAUUCUGAUUUCAUUUUUUCUAUUUUAGCAAAAUGAUUCUGAUUUCAUUUUUUCUAUUUUAGCAAAAUGAUUCUGAUUUCAUCUUUUCCAUAUCAGCAAAAUAUUGGGAAUUUUGGUAUCUUAGUAGGAUCCCCCGUUAGCUGUUGCAAAAGCAGCAGCUACUCUUCCUGGAGUCCACACAAAACAUGACACAUAAUACAGAACAUUAAUAGACAAGAACACUCAAGAACAGAACUACAUCAAUUAAAACAUUUGACACGUGGCCUCCAUAUCAAUACAUACACAAACUAUCUGGGUCCAUUAGAGGAGAGGCGUUGUACCAAAGUAACUGGGUCAAAUAGAGGAGAGGAGUUGCUUUAUCUGUUUAUCUGACUGGCAUGCAUAGUAUGUACAUCAGCCCUCUGAUUACAAUGAAGAGCAGUAUGUGCCUCUGUUCUGGGCCAGCUGCAGCUUAACUAGGUCUUUCUUAGCAACACUGGACCACACGACUGGACAAUAAUCAAGAUUAGACAAAACUAGAUCCUGCAGGACUUGUUUUGUGGAGCACGCUGUCAAAAAAGCAGAGCAUAUCUUUGUUACAGACAGACCUCUCCCCAUUGAAUCUAUGUGUUUUGACCAUGACAGUUUACAUUCUAAGGUAACACUAAGUAAUUUAGUCUCCUCUACUUGUUCAACAG